AAGCAGCCAGAAAGGAGGGAGCCAGGAAACAACUGCACUCGUGAGGAAAGUCUUUUGAAAUACUACUCUGCGCUUCACAAUGGAGACCAAUUGCAUCUUCCAGCAAUUGCCAGUACCUUGCUCCCCGUGGCCCUCUGCAUUUUGACCCUCCUGCCUCACGGCCUUGUGGGUAAGCCCACAGAGGAGGACAGCUCAGCGCUGCUCCAGAGGGUGAAGCGAGGCUGGGUGUGGAACCAGUUCUUUGUCCUGGAGGAGUACACCGGACUGGAACCACUCUAUAUCGGAAAGCUUCACUCAGACAUGGAUAAAGGCGACGGCUCCAUUAAAUACAUCCUGACGGGCGAGGGCGCGGGCUCCACCUUCACCAUCGAUGACAGCACAGGGGACAUCCACGCCAUCCAGAGGCUGGACCGGGAGGUCAAGGCCCAGUAUGUCCUCCGCGCCCAGGCCCGCAACCGCCUGACGGACAGGCCUCUGGAGCCAGAGUCCGAGUUCAUCGUCAAGAUCCAGGACAUCAAUGACAACGAGCCGAGGUUCCUUGACGGACCCUACCAGGCGACUGUACCAGAAAUGUCCAAAAUAGGAACAUCUGUGAUCCAGCUGACCGCCACGGAUGCAGACGACCCCACAUACGGCAACAGUGCUCGUGUGGUCUACAGCAUCCUGGAGGGCCAGCCUUACUUCUCCGUGGACGCCAAGACCGGCGUGGUCCGUGUGUCCCUGGCAGACAUGGACCGGGAGACCAGGGAAAAUUACACAGUGGUCAUUCAGGCUAAGGACAUGGGCGGCCAGCUGGGGGGGCUCGCCGGGACCACCACCAUCAACAUUACGCUCGGUGACGUCAACGACAACCCGCCCAUGUUUGACCAGAGGUUGUACCAAAUGAGUGUCCCUGAGUCGGCGCCGGUGGGUUCAGUGGUGGGUCGCAUCUGGGCAAAGGACAGGGACAUCGGGGUCAACGCCGAGAUGAAGUACAGUAUCAUUGACGGGGAUGGACGAGACACCUUUGACAUAAGCACCGAUCCUACUAACCUAUUUGGCAUCAUCACGGUGAAAAAGCCACUGAACUUUGAGAACAAACCCAGUUACACCCUGAAGGUGGAGGGUGCCAACACUCACCUGGACCCAGCCUUCCGCCACCGUGGGCCCUUCAAGGACGUCACCAUCGUGCACGUGAGUGUGGAGGACGUGGACGAGCCGCCGCUGUUCGACCUGCCGGCGUACUACGUCGAGCUGCCAGAGGACGCUGAGAUCGGGACCCUGGUGAAGACGGUGUCGGCGAGGGAUCCAGAUGCUGCCAACAACACAGUGAGGUAUUCCAUCGAGAGGUCCAGCGACCCUGACAAGUACUUCUACAUCGAGAUCACUUCCGGGUCGCUGAUGACGGUGCGUUCACUGGACCGGGAGGAGAUCGGCUGGCACAACAUCACCAUCCUCGCCAUGGAGAUGAAUAACCCGACACAGAUCUCAAGUGUGUCGGUGGCUGUGAAGGUCCUGGAUGUGAACGAUAAUCCUCCCCUGCUGACGCACUAUUUGGAGGCUUAUGUGUGUGAAAACGCCAAAGCUGGACAGCUGAUCCAGACAGUGACAGCGGUGGAUCCAGACGAGCCUCUGGGUGGACAACACUUCUACUACAGCCUGGCGCCAGAGGCCGCCAACAACCCCAACUUCACCCUGAGAGACAACCAAGACAACACGGCGUGGAUCCUGACUCGCCGCGGAGGCUGGUCGCAGCAGGACCAGACUGUCUUCUACUUGCCCAUCUUCAUCUCCGACGGUGAGCAGCCGGUCCAGACUAGCACCAGCACGCUGACCAUCCGGGUGUGCAGCUGCGACCACGAGGGCAACGUCAUGUCGUGCAACGCCGAGGCCUACAGCCUGCCCGCCAGCCUCAGCAGAGGGGCCCUCAUCGCCAUCCUGGCCUGUAUCUUCGUCCUGUUGGUUUGUAUUUUUUCUUUACAACAGUGAAUGAUUCUGCUCAUGCUCUCCCUGCGGACUCAUCGUAAGAAGCCCUAUCUGUGCGACGAGGAGGAGAACGUUCACGAGAACAUUGUGCGCUACGACGACGAGGGCGGCGGCGAGGAGGACACAGAGGCCUUCGACAUCGCCGCCAUGUGGAACCCACGGGAGGCUCACCACCACCUGGGCAAGAUGAGACAGGACAUGCUGCCAGAGAUCGAGAGCCUGUCUCGCUACGUCCCCCAAGCCUGCGUGAUGGGUGGCGGCGGCGGGGACAGCAACGUGCACGGAUACGUGCUGGCGAAGCUCCUGGAGGCCGACAUGGACCCGUGUGCCCCGCCGUACGACUCCCUGCAGACCUACGCCUACGAGGGCGAGGGCUCGGUCGCCGAGUCGCUCAGCUCACUCCAGUCAGGGACCUCGAACACCGACCACGAGUACGACUAUCUCAACGACUGGGGGCCUCGGUUCAAAAAACUCGCCGAGAUGUACGGCGUGCUGGAGACAAACAGUCCUCCGAUGUGGUAGAACUCCUGAAACCUUUGCCUUUUUAAUCUUGAGCUACGCCGACACAAAAAUUUGACACAAAAACACAUCUGAGAAGCGACACGAACGGACAAAAACGUGUGCGAGGAAGACACGAUAAAGCCAGGAUGUGCUCGCGUCCACAUCUGUGACUGUUAGCACUUGAAUUCCUGCCGAAGCCUCGAUUCUCCACAGCCUUGGAGGCCUGAGAUGCCCCCAGCAGCAGCAGUGUGAGCUGGUUUUUAAAUCUCCCCCCAGAGAUGGGGCUUGGAUUGGCGGCCUCAUGGGGGGCUACCGCAAAAAAGGAACAGCUUCAAAGCACAUGUUAACUCCUGCCUGACCCAGCCACAGGCAGAGCCCCCUUUGGUUCAAAGUGUUUUUUUGCCAGAGAUGAAAAACAAAGAGGGGGCCGGGACUAUUUAACUCACAGCAGCACGGGGAGACAAACUCUGAAAUGCUAAUCCACUGCUCUGAGUUUGUGCUUUUAUACACGACAACUCCAGAGGAAAGAAAUCGAAGAGUCAUCGCUGAAAAUCGGAGGCGUGUUCCUUGUUUUUCCUUUCAUCUGUGGGCAGGUCUUAAUUUAUUUCUUCGUUCAACGUGCUGUAAUUUAUAUUUUUUGCUAACUUAUUUGGGUACUUUAAAAAACCGACACUGUACUUAAACUGCCGCACACAUAUUUGUUGUAACAUGAUGAUGUAAACUGCCCUUGUUUUCAGUCUAUGUGCAAAAAAAAAAAAAAAAUCUCCAAGGAGAUAGCGAUGCUGUAAUCCCAUGUGGGGAUUUCCAGGUUUAUUGUAUUAUCAUUUUUGUAUGUUUUUUUAAGCUCUUUGUAUUGUAACUCCCAAAAAACACGAAGCAGUUCAUGAGGAGACGAGGGAAGCCAUCCCCAUCCACCAACCACCCCACCCGUACGUGGAGGAGCACACGACCGAGUCGCCUUUCAUUUUGGAUCCACCACCGUGCCAACAAGAGUCCGACGGCUAGUCGAGGCUUGAUCUGUCCCGUUAAGUGUUGUUUUUCCUGCCGCCACACAAAAUGUGGCUUAAAUCCUCCAAUCCUGUGGACUUACAGAGACGUUGAUAAUCUGCAUUAAGUGCCAAAUGUAAAAAGGACAGCAACAACAACAAAAAAAGAAAAAGUUGGGGGAAAAAAACGUGCUAAACACAAACACCAAAAGACAAAAAAAAAGGAUUUUACAAACUGGGAAGGUACAUUUUGAUAAUUCGACCGGGUGGAGUUUACUUGAAAUCUAUGUGGUCAGUCAUGCUACAGUAAAGUGGUAUGUGAAUGUAGAUAUUUUUUGUAUUCUUGGUAAUAAAAAAAAGCUAAAAAAUGA